CCCGCAGCCUGGAGCGCACGAGGGGCGGGCCAUGGCCGCGUACUGCCUGGGCUUGGCGGGCGCCGCUUCAGCACCAGCGGAGCUGGACAGCGCCUGCUGCAUGGAGCUGCAGGGGGCCGCGGGAGCAGGAGCCGCCCGGAGCCCCGCAGCCGCCGCGGCCGCCUUAGCUCCGCUCCAGGGCGGCCCGGGGGAGCUGGAGCUGGCGCUGGAGGAGGAGCUGGCUCUCCUGGCCGCCGCCGGGGAGCAACGGCAGCAGCAGCAAGCCGGAGAGCAGGACGCGGGGCCUGCCCCGGCCGGGCAGCAGCCCGAGCUGCUCUCGCUGAUCAGGCAGAAGGAGAAGGACUUGGUGCUGGCCGCCCGGCUCGGGAAGGCGCUGCUGGAGAGGAACCAGGACAUCAGCCGGCAGUACGAGCGGAUGCACCAGGAGCUCACCGACAAGCUGGAGCAUCUAGAGCAAGAGAAACACGAAUUAAGGCGACGGUUUGAGAACAGAGAAGGGGAAUGGGAAGGAAGGGUGUCUGAGUUGGAGAGCGAUGUGAAACAGCUACAGGAUGAGUUGGAGAAGCAGCAGGUUCACCUUCGUGAAGCAGAUCGAGAGAAAACACGAGCCGUCCAGGAAUUAUCUGAACAGAACCAAAGACUCUUGGAUCAGCUCAGCAAGGCAUCAGAGGUGGAGAGACAACUCUCAAUGCAGGUCCAUACCCUUCGAGAGGACUUCCGGGAGAAGAACUCAUCAACCAGUCAACAUAUAGUACGACUCGAAAGUCUCCAGGCUGAGAUUAAGAUGCUUACAGAUAGGAAGCGGGAGCUGGAGUGUCGCCUUAGUGCCAUGAUGGAGGAAAACGAUCUGCUUCAGGGAACCGUGGAGGAACUGCAGGAGCGAGUGCUGGUCCUGGAAAGACAAAGCCAUGAUAAGGAUCUGCAGCUGCAUCAAAGUCAGCUGGAGCUCCAGGAGGUUCGGCUGUCCUGUCGGCAGCUCCAGGGAAAGGUAGAAGAGCUUAGCGAGGAGAGAAGUCUCCAAAGUUUCAACACAACCAGCACAUCCCUGCUAUCUGAGAUUGAGCAGAGCAUGGAGGCAGAAGAACUGGAACAAGAGAGAGAGCAGCUGAGACUGCAGCUCUGGGAGGCCUAUUGCCAAGUCAGAUAUCUCUGCUCUCAUCUCAGAGGAAAUGACAGCGCAGACUCUGCAGUCUCCACAGACUCCUCCAUGGAUGAGUCUUCAGAAACCUCAUCAGCCAAAGAUGUCCCCGCUGGCAGUCUACGUGCCGGUCUCAAUGAGCUGAAGAGGUUGAUACAAAGUGUUCUAGAUGGCACGGACUCCCCGAGUUCUCGGAGAAGUGAUGAUGAUGCUUUAGAAGAACAGAUCAGGCAAACAAGUGAGGACUCAAGGGCCCUGAGGGAGUUAAUGGAGGGAGAAAGAGGGAAACUGAGGCAGAGCCUGGAGGAACUGCAGAGACUUCACAGCCAGGUGACGCUGCUGAGUGUGGAGAUGACUGCGCUGAAAGAAGAAAGGGACAGGCUCCGAGGGUCAGCUGAAGAUAAGGAGACAAAUGAACAGCUUCUGAAGGCCAUCAGGGAUCGAGAUGAGGCCAUUGCCAAGAAGAAUGCCGUGGAAAUGGAACUAGCCAAGUGCAAGAUCGACAUGAUGUCUCUGAACAGUCAGCUGCUGGAUGCUAUUCAACAGAAACUGAACCUCUCACAGCAGCUUGAGGCAUGGCAGGACGACAUGCACAGGGUCAUUGACCAGCAGCUGAUGGACAAACAUCUGAAGGAAUGGAGCCAGCCUGCUUAUUCCUUCUCCAAUGGCUACAGAGCAAAGCGGUCUGCAAGACCCUCCCCCGUGUUCAGGCCGGAGCAGCAGGGGGAUGAGCCCAUUGGGGCAGAAAGGAACCGUCUCUUUUCCUUUUUCAAGAAAAAUUAAUGUGAAAGGAGAAAUCUUUCCAAUGAUUCCUGCUUAGAGCGGAGAAGCUGGGGGCAACUGUCCAGCUUCCUAAUGGACCUGAAUCUGAUCCAAAAGGAAAAACCCAAAGGGUGAAGGAAUUAACCCUUGAGACUGCACUAUUUACAAUCCACCUGGUCUGAACAAAAAGUUUACAUGAACUGGAGAUUUGCAGUUUGACAAUGUGAUACCAACUGAGAGCAACUUUUCUUAUUCCUUAGGCAAAGUGAUAAACUUCAGGGUACGUUUUAGGCGCUUUGACACAGGCCACUCAGUUUCUGCUAUGAAGAAUAAUCCAAUUGUCUUAAACUCAUUCUCUCAUGCUGGAGAAGGAAAUAAGCAACCCCAGGACAAGGCAAUACAGGGGACUGACUACUAGUGUCACAGUAGGAGUAGGGGUAAGUUGUGGCCUUCAUACAACCUCCAGUCCUGGCAGCUGGGCUGUCCUGCAGAUUACACAGGCUGUAGUUGCACUGGUCCUGGGAACGUAACAUGUUUACAUGGCUGUAGCUUACUCUGUGGGGGAAGUCCUUAUUGUCCUCCGCUUACGACUGGAAGUCUUUGUUCCCCCGGUGCUCUCCAUAGCUACUCAUACCGCAUCAGGAAUCCAGAUCCCUUCCAGCUCAGUACCGUUAUAAAUCUGCUAAUGCUAGGAGGUGAAUCUAGGUCCCCGUUGGUCAGUUUCAGACCCCGGAAUAUUGAGGAUUUGAUCCUCGGGGAGCCUGAGCACAACAACUCAACUUGCAGGGAAUGGGAGUUGUGAAUGUUCAGUGCUCCUCAGGUACCGACUCUUCCCUUGGCCUAGCUGUGGAAGUUCAGUGUAGCUCAGCCUUAGGGCCAAAGGCCUUGUGCAUCUUCCUCGUGAAAUCAAUAGCCAAAAAUCUAAGUCGCUUCAAUGGGACUAAGGACUGGGCUCCAAUGACCUGCCAUCUCAAAGUCCUGAGCACCUAAAACGGAUGGAUUUGAAUAGAAAUGGGUUGUUGUGUGUCUGAAAAUCAGGUCCUAGGUGUAGCUCUUCCACUGCUCAGCAUUGCUGCAGUAGCUUUAGUUAUAGGGCUGAUCUUCAGGGCCAUAGCUCCUGUGUAUACGUUUUCUGCUACUCAGGCCUUGAUGGUAGAAGGUCGGAUCCCCUUAUGCUCAGUGUGGUUGUAGACCCCUCCCCUUGGGGUGAGGAGUAUGGACAUGCUGCUGCUCUACACAUACGCACACACUUUGGUGCUAGAAGUCCUGCAGUACGUAUGAGAUUAUUAGUAGGGUUGGUACCUUCUGCAGGCCAUAUUACUACCACUUAGAGCUCUUCCUUUACAACUACUUUACCACCAAUAAAAUAAGCAUUUCCCCUUUAGAGAAAGCAGCCGCUGGCAUGUUUAAGCAACAGCCUGUUCUAGGGUUUUAUGCUGCUGUCACCUUUUCAUUUCCCAACUGCCAGUCUCCUACAGUCCUCUCCAAGCUGCAUACCCAGCACAUGUGUGGGUGAGGAGGGGAAACCUAUAGCCAUGAUGUAGUGUAUAUAUGCCAUCCUAAGGAAAGGGGCUUAAGUUAUGCAAUGAAGAUGCAGUGAUAAGAAAGGUGCCUUUUGUUGCAUGUUCGCUGGGAGGGGAGAGUGGACGUGAGUCACAGCUGUGUAGGCCAGUAAUUGAAAUUCACAAGUCUCUUCAUUUAAGGAAGGAGCAAGUCCUUAAACUCUUUGCAAUAUUUUUUUCAGGGGGAAGGUUGAUAGCUGUUGGGAAAGGAAAGCAAGCGUAUUUCGAGCUGACAGUUGGGAUAUAGUUCUCUUGGACUUAAAGUGCAACUCCAUCUGGGCAUGGGAGCUAUUCAGCCCAGAAAAUGGGCAAAACAAAGCUUAUGAACCAGGGACCAGGUCAGAGGAAACUGUCCUUGUGCUGAGCUGCUGUUGCUCAACUGCAACAAAACUACCUUAACACCAGAUACAUAAAGCAGUGUCUCUCAGGACAAUCUCGCAGCAAGACAUUCCCAAAAUGUCACGUCGUUAAUGCUGUGCUUUAAGUGUCCUAAAUGUUUCGUCGUCCCUUAAACCAAUGGUGGGAAACCUGCAGCCCGUGGGCGGUCUGUCAGGGUAAUCCGCUGGCGGUCCGCGAGACAGUUUGUUUACAUUUACCGUCCGCAGGCACGGCCGCCCGCAGCUCCCAGUGGCCGCGGUUUGCCGUUCCCGACCAACGGGCACUGUGGGAAGCAGCAGCCAGCAUGUCCCUGCAGCCCGCAACGUUCCCCACAGCUCCCAUUGGCCAGGAACAGCAAACCACGGCCACUGGGAGCUGCGGGCGGCCGUGUCUGCCGACAGUCAAUGCAAACAAACUGUCUCGCGGCCCGCCAGCAGAUCACCCUGACAGACCGCGUGCGGCCUACAGGCCACAGGUUGCCCACCACUGCCUUAAACUGUCAUUGAGCACUCACCAUCAAAGACAGCACAGCUGAUAGGAGCCUGGAAUUAAUCCACUAUAAGGGGUUCAACAUGCCAGCGCCCCUCCCCUGAGGGCAGCUGACACUUACAAACCUAUUGGAAAAGGUCACGAGGAGGGAGAACGCUAACUGGAGGAAGCCCAGCAGCCCAGCAGAGUAGAUUCCGUAUCCCAGGCAAGCAUCAGCAUACAGGGAUUAUACUGCACAGGAGUUGGAUCUGCAGCAGUCAACGCCAGUACAAAAUAUUUUCACCUGUCAGUACUUAAGGGGGAGUUCCAGGCAAUAUGGCAGGGAUGAGACUUGCACCUGGUACAACAGUUGCACAGCUCAAGGAUGGAGGCUGCACAUUUCACACAACUGCACGACAAUUACAAAGCAAUCUCACUGCCGCUGUGGGAAAACAAGCAAAUUUUUUUGCUAGCUAAGGAGAAGCUCCCUUUAGCAAAGUCUACAGCUGGGACCUACUGUUAUAUAUGAGAUUCGAGCAUAGUACAGAAAAUAAAUACAAAUAAAUGUAGAUGCAAGUCAAGUCACUAGCACUUUACUAUCUUAACACACACUUAGAUCAGCAAGGUACCAUUAAGCAAGAAAAUGAGAUCAAUUUAAGAAAAGAAACUGAGGAGUGAAGUCUAUGGCACAAUUUGUGCAGAGCAGCAAUAAAGUGGGCUUACAGGCAACAGUGCAUGCACAAGGACUUCAGGUGAUGUGUGUAGGCCUUACCCUAUCUAGGAUUGAUGGUGGAUUCUGGACAUAGAGCAAACCCUCUUUACCAUUCCUACUUCAACCACUGCAAAGCAAAUUGUUUUAACCAAAAGCUUAGAGGUACAAGGGACGUGCCUGGGUAAGACAGUGAAGUGACAGUCCCCAUAGACUGAAAGUGAAAAAGCACACAGCAGGGACAAACUGAAAGAAUGUAUCUAUAGAUAUGUACAUACCACAGUGCUGUAAUUUUUGUACGUAGAAGUAAUGUAAAUAAGUGUAUGGUUUUUAUAAGAUACGUAUUAUAUAAAUCUAUAAAGGCAUAUUUUUAGUAAAAACAAUGCUCCACAGCUUCUUUUGUAAAUAGUUCUCUUCAGAAUAAAAUGGAUCAUUUCUACGGUACUGUCUCUGGGCUUUGAUCCCUGAUUAU